GAAAUUCAAUACACAGUGAAGGCCACUGGGGGGCAGGAGACUCGCUUGGUCCCUUCGCUGGCUUUCGAUCCCGAAGGAGAAAACUUUUUCUUUUCUUUUUCAUUGUCCGUGUGUACACGUCAUGGAAAGUAUUGCACUGUCCUCGAACCGACAAGUCGCCUAAUCGUGACGAUGAGGCCGGAAUGAGAACGGCUUGGAGGCUCAUUCACGACGGACCUUUCCCACUGGAAGAAAAAUAGGAGAGAGAGGAAGGAAGGAAGGAAGGCAAGCAGGCAGGCAGGCUCUUUUUUGUUGUUUAAGGAAGCGCCUUUACAAAGGAAUCGUGUGUCACCCACAAUGCACUAGGGAAUACGAACUACUCGUCUCCGAGUCGGACGCCAGCACUUCUGUCUGCUGACUUUUGUUUUGGGGUCGGGGAUUGUUGUUGUUUCACUUGUAUUGGAGCUUCGGGAAAAAAAAGAAGGGAACCGGCAAGGCGCCAGGAUGAAGGCACGCACCCGGGUGUCAGCGGUGCUCUCGUGAACAUGCCGCCGACUGCGCCUCGUAUUAUCGGGAGGCCUGGCUGGAGGCAAAGUCGCUGCUGACGUGACGCUGUCACCCCUGUUUCCCCCCCCCUCUCCUGCCGCCGACUCUGUGGCUCGCGUCGGGUAACGAGCCGCCAGUGCAACAUGAAACGCAAGCGGAGAGCGAUCGCCUGACCUGUCUUUGACACGAAUCCGCCUUUAUUUUUGUGAAAUCGCACGGUAACGGGACGUCCGUGUCGUGUUACUUUAGUAGAUGAGUGGAGCCUCAAUUUCAACACGUCCCAAUAACAAACGGAUAGAAUCGUGUGAUACCCUGCUGAUCCCAAGGGUUUAAACACACUGACAUUUAUUGUUGUUUUUUAUUUUUUGUUCACUUGGAGCAAUGCCUACUUUCUGCGGGCUUGAGCAUUCCGAAAUGUAGAAGGACAGUUGAAUUCCAUGACUUGCUUGUGAUCAUUCCAAAAGUUAAAGUGCUGACUGUUUGAUUCCUUUCAGUUCUUCCUAGACGGGUGGCCUUUACAUAUUUUGUUGGUUUUUUUUUUUUGAGAGAAAAGUAACUUCUCCAAAGCCGCCCGUCCAAUUCCUCUCUGCUGUUAUUUAUUUAUGAGGAGGGCCACAAGCAUAUCACUUCUUGCUCAGCAGGAGGCUUGCUGAAAGUUUUGUUAACUUUAUCUGAAGCCACAGGAAUACGUAACCUUUUUAGCAUAAUCAUGUCUUUAAAAGCCAAGGCACUUUACAGCUUCCAGAGUGAAAACAAAGAGGAGAUCAGUAUUUAUGAAAACGAGGAGCUGGUCAUAUUUGAUGAGAACUCCCUAGAUGGAUGGCUCCAGGGUCAGAACAGUCGAGGCGAGAAGGGCUUGUUUCCUGCUUCUUAUGUGGAAAUCAUUAGACCGCAGUCUAAUUGUGGCUUUGCAGAGUACUCCGCCAGCCCAUCUAGCAGCAGUGAUGCAUCCUUCUUUAGCGCUGCAAGCUCGCCACCUUUCUAUCAUCAACGAGGAUAUGAAGACGAGGAUGACGACGACUGGGAUGACUGGGAUGAUAGUUCCACGGUAGUGGAGGAACAGUCUAGACCAGAGGAUGGAGCCAAUGGAUAUUCCAAGCCGCAUUUUGCCAAUUCCAGUGUGCAGUACAGGGUUAAACCCACCCUGGAGCAUCAGGACAGUAUAUCGAGUUCAAAGAGGGGUAGUAUGGUGGGUAAGAAUCUGAACCGCUUCUCGAACUUUGUUCGAUCAGGCGUAGAGGCCUUCGUUUUGGGCGAUGUGCCAGUCAUUUCUAAAAAUGUAGAAUCGUACACAAUUGACAUGGGCGGGCAAGGUCCACAAUGGAAGGCCAAUCCUCAGCCGUUCAUGUGCUCCAUUGAGGAGCCCACCAAACAGACCAAGUUUAAAGGUAUUAAGACCUACAUUUCCUACCGCGUCACCCCGAGCCACACAGCAAGGCCAGUUUACAGACGCUAUAAGCACUUUGACUGGCUUUAUAACCGACUACUUCACAAGUUCACAGUCAUCUCUGUUCCUCACCUACCUGAGAAACAGGCGACGGGUCGCUUUGAAGAAGAUUUUAUUGAAAAGCGUAAGCGGAGGCUCAUCCUCUGGAUGAACCACAUGACCAGCCACCCGGUCCUCUCACAGUAUGAAGGCUUUGAGCACUUUCUACAAUGCGCCGAUGACAAGCAGUGGAAGCUGGGGAAGCGUCGAGCUGAAAAAGAUGAGAUGGUAGGCGCAAGUUUUCUGCUUACUGUCCAGAUUCCGACUGAGCAUCAGGACUUGCAAGAUGUGGAGGAGCGUGUUGACUCGUUCAAGGUGUUUGCGAAGAAGAUGGACGACAGCGUUCUGCAGCUCACCAACGUGGCUACGGAGCUUGUCCGCAAGCACAUGGGUGGCUUCCGCAAGGAAUUCCGUAAGCUCGGAAAUGCCUUCCAGUCAGUGAGCCAGGCUUUUGGUUUGGACCCACCCAACUGCUCUGAUGCCCUCAACAAAGCCAUCUCGGCCACAGGCCAAACGUACGAGGCUAUUGGAGAAUUGUUUGCAGAGCAGCCCAAGAAUGAUUUGUACCACAUGUUGGACCAGCUGUCUUUGUACCAGGGUUUACUGUCCAACUUCCCAGACAUCAUCCAUCUUCAGAAAGGUGCAUUUGCCAAGGUGAAGGAGAGCCAACGGAUGAGUGAUGAGGGGAAGAUGGACCAGGAGGAAGCAGAUGGCAUCCGUAAGCGGUGCCGGGUGGUGGGCUUUGCACUACAGGCUGAAAUGAACCACUUUCACAAGCAGCGGGCCAUUGACUUUAAGGAAAUGAUGCAGUCCUACCUGAAGCAGCAGAUUGUUUUCUACCAGCGAGUGGGGCAGCAGCUGGAGCGCACCCUGCACCUCUAUGACAGUAUCUGAUCUCCUGAUGUGCGUCACAGUUCCUUCUAGAAAAUGUACACUUUGAACUACAUUUGGGGCUUCAACUAGACUGUCUAGCUAAUGAAAGUUCCUUCCAGUUAGCCUUACCCAUUCUUUCCACCCUCGCUAAUAAAAUACAUAUGUUGCAGCUGAGACGGCCAUAAGUGUAAAGCUUGACAUGAGCUGCGCUUGUGUGUAUUAUAUAUAUAUAUAUAUAUAUAUAUAUAUAUAUAUAUAUAUAUAUAUAUAUAUAUAUAUAUAUAUAUAUAUAUAGAGCUCUGGGAAAAUUUGUGACAUGUAUUCAUCUUGAAAUUCUGUGCCUCUUUUAAUACUACUUCCAUUUUGAACUGCUAACGGUUUACUAAUUAGAUGGCUACAGAAUUGGACAAAUAUGGAGCCUUCAGAAAGAAUUCAGGCCCCGUUCCCUUUGUACACGUCUUAAGUUGCGGCCUUGUGCUAACAUCAUUUCAGUUUGUUUCCCCAAUUCAAGCAACUCUCAACACCCCAGAAUGACAAAGCAAAAGCAUCAGAUGUAGUGGGAAACUAAAAUGUCCCGUUUGAUUUAAGUCUUCAGCCCCUUUGGCCAUGAUUCCAGCAACAAGCUUCACGUGGGAGAUUUUCUGUCAUUCUUCUCUGCAAAUCCUCUCAAGCUGAGUCAGGCUGGAUGGAGACCAUCGGUGUACAGCUGUGUUCAGGUCUCUUCCAGAGAUGUUCACUUAGGUUCAGGCUGGGCCAUUCAAGAACAUUUCCAGAGUUGACCCUAAGCCACUCCUGUGUUUUUUGUUUUCUUGCGUGUUUUAGGUCAGUGCCCUGUUGGAAGGUGAAACUUCAGCCCAGUCUGAGGUCCAGAGCACGCUGGAGGAGGUUUUCAUUUCAGACAUCUCUGUACUUUGCUCCAUUCAGUUUCCCCUCAGCCCUGUCUAGCCUUCCAGUCCCUGCUGCUGAAACACAACCCCAAAGCAUGAGGCUCACGUCUGGAGUGGCAUUGCACAGGUGAUGAGCGGUGGAUGGUUUCUCAGAACCGAAGCCAGACAGUUCACUCUUGGUUUCAUCAGACCAGAGAAUCUCGAUUGUCACAGCAUGAGAGUCACUUAGGUAUCUUUUUGCAGAAUUGAAAGUGGGCUUCCAUGUGUCUGGUCACUCUGCCAACAUCUCAUAUCUGUGGAAGUGCUGCAGUGAUUGUUGUCCUUCAGCAGGCUUAUCCCAUUUCCAAACCCGCUCAUCCUGAGUAGCCAUCAAGUUCUUGGUGUAGUUAAUGGCUGUUCACCCCUGACUGCUCGGUUUGACCAAUUCUAGAAGGAGUUGUGGCUGUUCCAAACAUCUUCCAUUUUAGAAUUGUGGUGGCCACUGUACUCUUGGGGAAACUUCAGUACUGCAGCCAUUGUUUUGUAGCCUUCCCCACAUCUAUGCCUCGACACUGUCCCAUCUCUAAGCUCUGCUGGCAUUUUGGUGGGACCCUCUGUAGACCGUUCUGUGCCUUUCCUAAUUGUGUCCAAACAGCUGAAUUGAUCACAGGGGCUUUCCAAACACCUCGAGGAUGAUGAAUAGAAUGGGGGCGCACCUGAGCCAGAUUUCAAGUAUAGGGGUCUGAUUACUUGUGUUGACGUGAUUGCUCAGUUUGUUUUCAUAUAUUUGCAAAAAAUUUCCAAAACCCUGUUCUCGCUUUAUUUUGGGGUAUUGCAUGUUGCUAAAUGAUUUUAAUGUACGGCUGCAAGGUUUUUUAAAAAAAAA